CUAUUAACUAUAAUACUGUGAGUGACUAUCAUUGGGAUGAAAGUGAUGAGCCGAAUAGUCUUUGUUGUCUUGUUACCCUUGGUGAUUUUGACGGAGGUGAACUCUGCUUUCUCAAGUUAAAAAUAAUUGUUCCACUUCAUCCCAGGCAAGUUAUAGUGUUUUCUUCGCGCCUUCUUCUCCAUGGUAAUUUUCCUGUCAUGAAGGGAAUUCGUCACAGUGUCAUGUAUUUUGUGCAUAGCUCCUUCUUUUAUCAUUUGCGGGACUUUUCUUCUGUAUAUGAUAACCUUAAAACUAGUGUAGAGAGAGAUGCAAAAGGUAAUGUUGUUUCUGGACCAAUGUGGCAUCAAAAUCUUGAAGAUGCUUGCAAGUUGAACCGCCAAAUACAUCUUUUUAAACCGAAGGCAGAGCAGAUACAAAUCUCUCCACAACCUUCAGAUCGUAGAAGAGGAUGUAUUGAUUUGUCACAUGCUAAACAUGGAUUAAGGGCAGAAGACCCAUUACCUAAUUCAUAA